UGAUACUAUUAAGGCUCAACAUAUUUUGAGUUUAAAAACUACAAAAGGAUCUAAGCCCAUUCAUUUUUCCAUUCAUUCAUACCCCGCCCGCCAGCAUUUUUUAACAUUUUCACUAAAAUUUGAUGGCUCACUGUACAUUUUCUGUAUUAAUAUAUGGACAAACAAUAUAUCAAAUGAAAGAACAGAGUCUCUGCUUUUAAACAAAGAAACCGUAUUUUUCUAUCUUCAUUUGUUCUUUUUUAUCACCUCUUAGAUGUGGGUAGAUUUCUUCAAAAAUGCAUCACUUUGAUUAAACAGCUGAGAUAAUUAGCAUUUUUUGUCAAAGACUAACCCAGAUUAGACUCAGAACAAUGAUUAAAAACAGGGAAAUUUUACUCAAAAAACAGAUAAAAUAUAGACGUUCUAGGUUCCGAGAAUCUGUACUCUGUACUCUUUGGCAGGGAACCGUUGAUUUUUAAAUAACGACUCGUCAGAGGCGGGGAAAGAGUUAAUGUAGGCCUACACAGAUAUUCAAUGAUUCCUCUGUUCCAUAUCAAAACGAUCAUCUAUUCAAACAUGUACUGUAUUUUCAGACAAUGCUGUUGUUGCAUAGCCUCCUCCACCCUCGGAUCUUUGUCUUCGUUGCUUUCCUGUGGAGUUGUCCACCAUUUUCCCUGGCUGGUAACAUCUUAGUCUAUCCUGUGGAUGGAAGCCACUGGCUUAACAUGGACAUUCUGCUCAGAGAACUUCACAAGCGAAGUCAUAAACUAACAGUGGUCCGUUCUGCCACCAGCUGGUACAUACCAGAGAUCGCCGCGCACUACGUGUCCAUCACCGUUCCCGUUUUGCGUGUCAACAGCCUGGAGGACCCACAGUUCAUGGCUUCUUUUCUUAGGAGAAACAUCGACAUUCAACGAAAUGAAGGGUCUGUUUGGUCAUUCAUAGGCAUGCAUAAAGAAAUUCUUGCUAUUUUAGAGGAGUGUCACAGAUCUUCUGCUGAGAUGGUGAGGAUCAUCCUGGAAGAUAAAAAGCUGGUGAACAGACUCAAAAAAGCGAAGUACGAUAUGAUGUUGACUGACCCAGGCUUUGCAGGAGGGGUCGUGUUGGGCGCAUACCUGAAUCUACCAAUGGUGUUCAACGUGCGGUGGAUUACGAAUGAGGAGGGUCACUUCGCAAUCGCACCCUCGCCACUUUCCUACAUCCCGACUAUUGGAUCCAUCGUAACAGACAAAAUGACCUUUGCAAACCGAAUUAAAAACAUCCUGCAUUACGGAAUUGGUCAAUACAUAGAUCAUUUAAUCACAAGGCCUCUAUAUCAUGAAGUUAUCAGCAAAUACAUAGACCCAAAUACCAACAUAUACACUUUAAUCCAAGGAACUGAUUUGUGGCUCAUGAGAGUCGAUUUUGUAUUUGAGUUUCCUCGUCCUACAAUGCCCAACGUGGUCUACAUUGGAGGCUUUCAAUGUAAACCCUCCAAGCCUCUACCGGCUGACCUGGAGACAUUUGUGGAGAGUUCUGGAGAGCACGGGGUGGUGAUCAUGUCUUUGGGGAGUCUGCUUGGAAGUUUGGUUCCUGACAUAUCCGAAGUCGUCGCGUCUGCCUUCGCUCGCCUGCCACAAAAGGUGAUUUGGAGGCACGUAGGGGAAAAGCCAUCUUCUUUGGGAAACAAUACGCUGGUAGUGGAUUGGUUGCCUCAAAAUGACCUUCUGGGCCAUCCUAAAACGAAAGCUUUCGUCACACAUGGAGGAACGAAUGGAGUUUAUGAGGCCAUCUAUCACGGCGUGCCGAUGCUGGGCCUCCCACUCAUCUUCGAUCAGUUUGACAACAUGGUUCGCCUCCAGGCCAGAGGAGUAGCACAAGUGCUCGACGUCACAGCCGUGGAUGUAGAUACGCUAACACAAGCACUUAGGAACAUUCUAGAUGAAAAUCAACCGUAUCAGAAAAACAUGCAGCGAAUGUCAAUCCUGCAUCGUGACACACCCAGCAAGCCAAUGGACAAAGCCAUCUUCUGGCUGGAGUUUGUUAUGAGGCAUAAAGGGGCAGCACACUUGCGCACAGAGUCUUAUAAACUUCCAUGGUAUUCCUACCACAAUGUGGAUGUAUUGAUGCUUAUAACAGGUUUGUUUGUGGGAGCCUGUCGGUUGCUGAUCAUGAUGAGCAGGGCUCUGUUAAAAGUUUUUGUCAGAAAAACAAAAAAUGAGUGAUGUAUUAGGCAACACUAGUUUUUUGGUUCAUAAAGUUAAAGAUUAACAUUAAUAUAAGAUAUUAAUGAUAUUAAAAUAUUUGUAAGUUAUGUAUCAAGCUUUCCCAAAGUCAGCCGUAAACAUUUGGUUGAGCCAAUGUCCUUUGAAAUUUUAAUGUUUAUCAAUUAGAGAUGCAACGACGUAUUGGUUAUCGGUCGAUAAAAGUGAUUUUUCACACCGUCGGCUAUUGGCAGAAUAACAGACAAUGAUCAGGGCCAAUAUAUCCUGUCAAUCAAAAGAGGACAGGAAAAAGCAAUUAAGAAGCAUCACCAGUUUGAAGUUUAAUAUUAACAGUCAUUAUACGAAAUGACAUUUAGAAAGUUAAGAAAAAAAAAUUCAGACUAGGUAUCAGCAGAUAUGAAUAAUCAGCUAUUGGUAUCGGUGGAGAAAUUUUGUAUCAGUGCAUUUCUAAUAUCAAUCGAAAAGUUGCUUAUUGAUUUCUCUGAACAAUAGGCAGAGACAGUAGAUGUAAAAAAAAUCACAGCUCAAAAUACACAAUAACAGGACUAUAACAGUAUUUUUUUAUUAUUUGUUUUAUUGAUUUGUACAGACAUUGAAUGAACCAGCUGUCUAUUUUGCACAUAAGUUUCACUUAACACAACCACCGGCAUGGUCAACAAAAAUAAAAUGAUUCCGAAAUCAGUCAUAAUGCGACAGAUGGCCGAUGCUGUUGAACAUCUCCUACAUUUUGGAAUGGUGUAUUACUAUAUAUGGUUACGAUAGGUGAAAUACUUGAGAGAGUAAAAAAUAAAGUGCUCCGUCUUCAUCUGUUCUAAUGUGUCACUUUUGAGAAUACUCAUCUCACCUCUCCAAAAAGUAGCAAUCCCAUUUCUUUCUCUAUGAAAAACAAAGUAUAAAAAAGGUUAGAAAUGUCUAGAUAUUUCAAAUCUACAGACCACAGCUCAAUUUUCACUGUGUGAUAUGUAAGGGGAUCAAUGUCAUAUACAUGCAAGAUAUAAAGACAAACACUUGAACACAAUCAAUAGAACAUGUAACCUAUAUAAUAGAUACCAGUCUGUAACUUUGUUUAGUUCCAAUAGGAAAACAUUACAAAAAAUGCUUUUUUCCUUCUGUAAUAAUUAUAGCAGUAUCAUUCAUCGAUCCACAACUAACGUCUCACUCUAAAACUCAUAAAUGUUUCACUCUACCCCACAAGUCACCAUUUUUCUUUAAAUUUUCAACAGUUUCUUUAUAUUUUAGAAGAUGGAGAAAUGGGAAAGAAUGAAUGAGAAUAGGAAGAGAGAAAGGAAACAGCUUUGGUAUUUUAAAAGUACAGCGAAAAGAUUUCAAAUCAAAUUACAUUUUCCUACGAUUGUUUGUUGCUCAGACAAUAUUGUUCCUUUUCAGUCAUGUUUAAACCCAGGUUGCGUUUCAGGUUGGCACGUUUUGUGUUACACAUCACUUUAAACUGCAUGAAGGCUUGUUGGACAGAUUGGGCAGAUUAUUUCAACACCUGGCAGAAGUCUUUCCUCAUAACACAUUUUUUAUAAAUUAUAUUAAAUACAGCACAUCUAAAAAAAAAAACAAUAACAAAGCACCACAAAA